UCCGGCGCGGGCCUCGACGAUUUCUCCCCCUCCCCCCGCCAUCGCCCUCAGCCUUCCUACCCCCCGCCCUUCCACCAUGGCCGCCUCUGUGUGGUGUGGGGAGAAGCUGGUCCUCCGUGUCCUCCUAUAGCGCUUACUGCCUCACCUUCACCCCUUAGGGGCCGGAUCCAAAGAAGCCUCGCUCCCCAACCCUUGGGGCACCAGCCAGGAAGGUUUCCUACCCCCUACUUCAGGGGCAGGACUCCUCUUUUCCCCCCACCAGGAAACGGGGUAGAAACUUAGGGUUUUCCCUUCUCUUAGUGUCAGAAGCUCUUAGGGUCCACCACUUCAGGGGCGGAAGCCUCUCCUGCCCUUCCCAUAGGGGCACAGACCUUUACCCACUAUACUUCGGCGCUAACGGCUUUCCUUCAGCACUGCCACUGCAAAGUCAGGACCUAGAGGACCGUCCGCCUUCACCCGCUCCGCAGGCGCGGCCUUUUGGAGGGAGGAGUGGAGAGGACAGGGACCCUUGCCCCCUCUCCCCCCACUUGUUCCUCUUGCUCCCGGUCCCUGGCAACCCAGAGUUCCCCAUUUCUAGGACUCUCCACCCAUCCACUCCCUGACCUUUUCCUGUCUCCUGGCUGCAGCCAUGGAGUUACAGAAGGGAAAAGGGACAGCAGCAGCAGCUGCUUCGGGAGCAGCGGGAGGUGGAGGAGGAGGAGCGGGAGCAGGAGCCCCAGGAGGGGGGAGGCUGCUACUUUCAACCAGUUUGGAUGCCAAGGAUGAGUUAGAGGAGAGGUUGGAAAGGUGUAUGAGCAUUGUGACGUCGAUGACUGCUGGUGUCUCUGAGAGAGAGGCCAAUGAUGCCCUCAAUGCCUACGUAUGCAAAGGGCCCCCCCAGCAUGAGGAAAUCUGCCUGGGCCUCUUUACUCUUGUUCUUACUGAACCUGCCCAAGCCCAGAAGUGUUACCGUGACUUGGCUCUGGUGAGUCGUGAUGGCAUGAAUAUUGUCCUGAAUAAAAUCAACCAGAUACUUAUGGAGAAGUACCUGAAGUUGCAGGAUACCUGCCGUACUCAGUUGGUGUGGUUGGUUCGGGAACUAGUGAAGAGUGGGGUUCUGGGAGCCGAUGGUGUGUGCAUGACGUUUAUGAAGCAAAUAGCAGGUGGAGAUGUUACAGCCAAAAAUAUCUGGUUGGCAGAAAGUGUUCUGGAUAUCCUGACGGAGCAGAGGGAGUGGGUACUGAAGAGCAGCAUCCUCAUCGCCAUGGCUGUUUACACAUACCUCCGCCUCAUCGUCGACCACCACGGGACCGCCCAGCUUCAGGCUCUGCGGCAGAAGGAAGUGGACUUCUGCAUCUCACUGCUUCGGGAGCGGUUCAUGGAAUGUUUGAUGAUUGGUCGAGACCUUGUAAGACUACUCCAGAAUGUUGCUAGGAUACCAGAAUUUGAACUGCUUUGGAAAGAUAUUAUCCAUAACCCUCAGGCUUUGAGUCCUCAGUUCACAGGUAUCCUGCAGCUUCUUCAGUCAAGAACGUCCCGAAAAUUCCUAGCAUGUCGUCUAACCCCAGACAUGGAGACUAAGCUCCUCUUCAUGACAUCCCGGGUACGGUUUGGUCAACAAAAGCGAUAUCAGGAUUGGUUCCAGCGCCAGUACCUGUCAACUCCAGAUAGUCAGUCUCUGCGCUGUGACCUCAUUCGCUACAUCUGUGGGGUAGUCCACCCUUCUAAUGAAGUACUGAGUUCAGAUAUCUUGCCUCGGUGGGCCAUCAUUGGUUGGCUCCUGACAACAUGCACGUCAAAUGUUGCUGCCUCUAAUGCCAAGCUGGCUUUGUUUUACGACUGGCUGUUCUUUAGUCCAGACAAGGAUAGCAUUAUGAACAUAGAACCGGCUAUCCUGGUCAUGCAUCACUCCAUGAAGCCUCACCCAGCCAUCACUGCCACACUCCUGGACUUCAUGUGCCGCAUUAUUCCCAACUUCUAUCCACCACUGGAGGGCCACGUGCGGCAAGGUGUCUUUUCCUCCCUCAACCACAUUGUGGAGAAACGGGUCUUGGCACACCUGGCUCCCCUGUUUGACAAUCCUAAAUUGGAUAAGGAGCUGCGGGCAAUGCUGAGAGAGAAGUUUCCUGAAUUCUGCAGCUCACCAUCCCCACCUGUGGAAGUUAAAAUUGAGGAGCCAGUUUCCAUGGAGAUGGACAACCAUAUGUCGGAUAAGGAUGAGAGUUGCUACGACAACGCGGAGGCAGCCUUCAGUGACGACGAGGAGGAUCUCAAUAGCAAAGGAAAGAAGAGAGAGUUUCGCUUCCACCCUAUCAAGGAGACAGUCGUGGAGGAGCCUGUUGAUAUCACCCCUUACCUUGACCAGUUGGAUGAGUCCCUAAGGGACAAAGUACUCCAGCUACAGAAGGGGAGUGAUACGGAGGCCCAGUGUGAGGUCAUGCAGGAAAUUGUGGACCAGGUCCUGGAGGAAGACUUUGACUCGGAGCAGCUGUCUGUCCUUGCUUCCUGCCUGCAGGAGCUCUUCAAGGCCCACUUUCGAGGGGAAGUGCUGCCUGAGGAGAUUACCGAGGAGUCCCUGGAGGAGUCUGUAGGAAAGCCUCUCUACCUAAUAUUUAGGAACCUAUGCCAGAUGCAGGAAGACAACAGCAGCUUCUCUCUGCUUCUGGACCUUCUCUCUGAGCUAUAUCAGAAGCAGCCCAAGAUUGGCUACCACCUGCUCUACUACCUGAGGGCCAGCAAAGCUGCUGCGGGGAAGAUGAACCUGUACGAGUCAUUUGCCCAGGCCACUCAGCUGGGCGACCUGCACACAUGCCUAAUGAUGGACAUGAAGGCCUGCCAGGAGGACGACGUGCGGCUACUGUGCCACCUCACACCCUCCAUCUACACAGAGCUGCAGGAGCUGGUCUGCCAUGUGAUGAUGGGGAACCUGGUCAUGUUUCGAAAAGACUCAGUCCUCAACAUACUCAUUCAGAGCCUGGACUGGGAAACCUUUGAGCAAUAUUGUGCCUGGCAGCUCUUCCUGGCCCACAACAUCCCCCUGGAGACCAUAAUCCCCAUCCUGCAGCACCUCAAAUACAAGGAGCACCCAGAGGCCCUGUCCUGCCUCCUGCUUCAGCUCCGAAGAGAGAAGCCCAGCGAGGAGAUGGUGAAGAUGGUGCUGAGCCGGCCCUGCCACCCUGACGACCAGUUCACCACCAGCAUCCUGCGGCACUGGUGCAUGAAGCACGACGAGCUGCUGGCCGAGCACAUCAAGUCCUUGCUCAUCAAGAACAACAGCCUCCCUCGAAAGAGACAGAGCCUGAGGAGCUCCAGCAGCAAGCUCGCCCAGCUGACUCUGGAGCAGAUCCUGGAGCACCUGGAUAACCUGCGGCUCAACCUGACCAACACCAAGCAGAACUUUUUUAGCCAGACCCCAAUCCUCCAGGCGCUGCAGCAUGUCCAGGCGAGCUGUGACGAAGCCCACAAGAUGAAGUUCAGUGAUCUCUUCUCCCUGGCAGAGGAAUAUGAGGACUCUUCCACCAAACCACCCAAGAGCCGGCGAAAAGCAGCUCUGUCCAGCCCUCGAAGUCGUAAGAAUGCCACACAGCCCCCCAAUGCUGAAGAGGAGUCCGGCUCCAGCAGUGCUUCGGAGGAAGAAGACACAAAACCGAAGCCCACCAAGCGGAAACGAAAAGGGUCCUCUGCAGUGGGUUCUGACAGUGACUGAGGCCCUAUGGUCCCCAUCCCACCCCAGUUGGACUGUCCUCUUCUCCUUGCUGAAUCAAAGGUUAAUAGGGGCAGGGGAGGUAAAAGGGGAACCACGCUCUUCCAUCCCAAGCUCACCCGGUGAGGAGGAUGAGCUUCCUCCUCUGGCCCAGCCUGAGAAGCUGCCAUGCAGCCCCAGCCCCUCCCCUCCUCUCCUGGGGCCCCCAGCCCCUCACACUGCUGCCCCCACUGAUGUUUGGGUUCUCACUGAAGCCAGAGGUUGUGCAAAAUAGGACCACGGCGGAAGUCCUCAGCCCCCUGACUCCUCCCCUAGCCUCCUCCCCAGUCUCUGAAAGAGCCAUUUCAACAGAGAAGGGAAAUGACAAAGGAGCGGCUGGCCAGAGAAACUAGGAUGACAGUAGAGACUCCAUGUGUAGGUGUCCCUUCCUGCUUCCCCUUCAGGUCUUGAUUUGCUCUGAACAGGCAUUUUAUGGUCAUUCCCUCCAUGCACCAGUAUGAAAUGGCUAUCUAAUCUGAGUGGUCAGGCUUCCCAUUCCCAGCCAGGGGGCAGAUGUCAUAAGCAUUCAGGAAAGAACCUGAAAGGGUGGCCACAGCCCGACAUGGUGUGCCCUGGAGGCUUGGGUUGGCCUGAGAGGUUGGCACCUCAAGCCGGUUCCACAGAACUGUCAAGUGGUCCCAUUUCCUUGGGUCUGUUUUCUUUUUCUUUUCUUUCUAUUUUUUUGGCAGAGAUAAUCGAGUCUUAAAAGUUGGUUUUAAAUGACAAUAAAACUAGCCAGAAUGUAUUUUGUGCUGGAGUUUCCACAGGCAUCAGGCACUGACCUCGUGCAUGUACAGGUGGUCUUGAUUUAAUUGGCACCUUAGUUGUAGCCUCAUAACAUCCCCCUUUUCCCUUCUGCCCUGCCCUCCCUUUUGUCUAGAGCAGGAGGGACUUGGCUUUGCCCCCCCCCCGCCCCCCAUUCUCCCUGCUACCACUGGAGGUGGGAGCCAGGCACUGACCUGUCUGUGCAGAAACUGAUGCUGGCACCAUCUCCCUGUAGGCUGAGGUCUGUCCACACCCAUUUCUCCUCCAAGAAACUAGAGGCUUCCAAAAACUAAUGUCUGUUGUACUCACUCUAAUUUAUUCAGUCUGUAUGCUCCAGUUACUGGAGGGCCUACUGCUUGAUGGGGGAGCGAUGCUCCAACUUGGCUCCAAGGACAAAAGUGUGCCUGGUGGAUGGGGCGCCUCUUCCUUUCACAGUCUGGCCACUUGCUUGUCCACAUGUACGUUGGCCAUGCCUUUUGUUCUCCUACUGUCCAGAGGGGUUGGCGGGGGGCUGAGGAGAGAGGAGCGAAGUUUGGACUAACUGCAGGCAGCUCCUCCUGUUCAGGCUGCAAAUUUCUCUGUUUACAGAAUCAAGGUCUCCCCUCCCUCAAAGCUGCUACUGCUUCCUUUGAAAAUCUAAACCACUGGAGGCCUCUUUUUCCUUCCUCUUUCCUUCCCCAGUUUCCUUUGCGCCAAUUAAAAUCAGGAUGGAAAGCA